GCAAGAACUGACCACGGCCGGGUACGCUGUGCCAGCCCGGCCCUGCAACGCGGAGCCCAUCCGGUCCCCGACACAAGCCAUGCAAGAUCCUACCAUUUCUGAGCUCAUCCAUCUUGACUCCUGCACGGCCACUCGGGUCCCUCUUUCGAGGCCGAUGUUGCAUGGCAUGGCAUAGCCUUCUUCCAUGCCAAUCGCCAACCACACAAAAGCAAGCUGCUCCGUUCCGCAGAGGACUCGAGAGCACGAGACCGCAGCAGGCAGCAGCUGAGGCGGCGCUAUAUUCUCCGAAACUCCUGAUCAAGAUCUGAAGACACCUCGGGUCCCUCUCCUUCUCUUCUCUCCAUCUCUCUCCUCCCUCCAAUGCCCCAACCACCUCGCCAUGACAUAGGUACAGGCAGAGCUAGGCACCAAAGAGCCAUUUCCAAGGGCUCUACACGAAGUUAGGCGGCCAAAGCGUUUGUAACCAACUCCUCUCCUUCUUGUCCACUGGAAAGGUUCAGACUCCCGUUUUGGCAUCGCUAGCCACCGAGACAGAGAGGAGAGCUCGGCCUGGCCUGGCCUUGUCUGGCCAGGAUGAAGUUUAUGAAACUCGGCACCCGCCCGGACACCUUCUUCACCGCCGGCUCCGUGAGGUCUGUCUGCACAGAGGUGGCCACAGACCUGCAGAUCCUUGUGGAUAACUGCCUCUACCAUCUCCACAAGUUCCCUCUGCUCUCGAAAUGCAUGCUCCUGCAAGCGCUCUGCGCCGACGCCGUCGCCGGCGACGUCGUCGAGCUCCGGGGAUUCCCGGGCGGCGGUGAGGCGUUCGAGGCCUGCGCCAGGUUCUGCUACGGCAUCACCGUCACAGUGAGCGCGCGCAACCUCGUGCCGCUCCGGUGCGCGGCCGCGCACCUCGGGAUGUCCGAGGCCACCGACAGGGGCAACCUGGCCGCCAAGCUCGACGCGUUCCUCGCCUCCUGCCUCCUCCGGCGCUGGAAGGACGCGCUGGGCGUGCUGCACUCCACGCGCCACUACGCCCCGCUCUGCGAGGACCUCGGCCUCACGUCCCGCUGCGUCGACGCCGUGGCCGCCCUCAUCGCCAGCCCGGAUACCGCCCUGCCGUCUAGGUCGACGUCGGCGUCGCCGUGGUGGGCGCACGACAUCGCCGAGCUCGGGGUCGACCUCUUCUGGCGGAUCAUAGUCGCUGUCAAGGCGACCGGUGCCAUCCACGACAGGACCGUCGGCGACGCGCUCAAGGCGUACGCGCGGCGUUGGCUGCCCAACGUCGCCAAGGAUGGGCACGGGCUCUCGGCGGGCCAGCCGUUCGACCACGACGCCGGCAGUGCGGUCGUGAAGCAGGUCACCACGAGGCACCGCCUCCUGCUCGAGACGAUCGUGAGCCUGCUCCCAGCGGAGAGGGACGCCGUCUCCUGCAGCUUCCUGCUCAGGCUCCUCGAGGCUGCCAACAUCCUGAGCGCGUCCAAGGCGGAGCUGGUCAAGAGGGUGGCGUGGCAGCUGGAGGAGGCCAGCGUCGCCGACCUGCUGAUCCCGUCGCUGUCCUGCGUCAGCGAGACGCUGUACGACGUGGACGCCGUGUCGGCCAUCAUCGACGAGUUCGCACUGCGGUGCGCGGCGGUCCCGCCGGCGCUGGCUCUGUCCGGGAGCCCCGACGACAGCCCGGCGCACUCGGCCGGGCACCGGCGGUCACGUUCGGCGGAGAGCGUGAGCUUCGACGGCACGCGACGCUCCCUGUCAGCCGCACCCGUGUCGCAGGGCGCUCUGGUGCAGGUGGGCAGGUUGGUGGACGGGUUCUUGAUUGAGGCGGCAAAGGAUCCCAACAUGCCGCUGGACAAGCUGCUCGCCAUUGCCGAGGCCGUGCCAGACAGCGCCCGGCCGGAGCACGAUGGCAUGUACAAAGUCGUCGACACAUACCUCAAGGCGCAUCCGGAGAUGAGCAAAAGCGCGAGGAAGCGGCUGUGCCGGGUGCUCAACUGCCGGAAGCUGUCGGAGAAAGCGUGCACACACGCGGCGCAGAACGAGCUCCUCCCGCUGCGCGUGGUCGUGCAGGUGCUCUUCUUCGAGCACGCGCGCGCCGCGGCGCUGGCGCCGGGCGCGCACGCCCUGGCCGCGGCUGACCUGCCGAGCAACAUCCGGGCGCUGCUGUCCAAGUCCGGGUCGUCCGAGGACGAGGAGGCGGAGCGCGCCGACGAGCAGCGGCUCCGGGCGCUGGCCGCCGGCGCGUCUCCCGGCGGCGACUGGAGCGUGGAGGGCCUCCGUCGCGCCGCGUCCAAGAUCGCCACGCUGCGGAUGAAGCUGGCGGAGGACGAAGACCGUGACGCCGACGAGUUCGCGCGCAAGGCCGGCGUGGCGCGCAGCGCGUCGCUGCGGUUCAGGGCGUUCUGCGCCUUUCCCGCCGGGAAGCCGAAGCGGAUGCUCAGCAGGCUGUGGCCGCUGGGCAGAAACGGCGUUAGCCACUAGUAGCAGCCAUGGUUAGGUACUUAGGUCCUGUGAUCUCCUGCCUUUUUCUUUUCUGAGGGUGAUCUGUUUGUCUCUUCUACUAGUACUUUCUCGGCUCCUCCCCUUUUGAGUUAUAAUUCCAAGGCAAAUUGUACCUUGCAUUGCAUGUAGUUGUGAAUUCAAUGGCAACAAUAAAGAUAGAAAUUGCGCUGGGAACUUA